UACGAGUUGGUGUGGUAAGAGGAGAUAUAGACCGGCCCUCUAUCUUCUGUAUAUAUUCUUCUUAUCUAGCUAGCUGCCUUCUCUUGCGGUGCGGCCUGUGUAUAAAUUCGGGCGGCGCUCGUCACACUCGUUGGGCGCAAGGAGAAGUACUUACUACACGAAGAAUCUGCAAAGACCGUGCUCUGAUAGGCUGGGGCGUGCGCUGCCGCUGAUCAGGCUUCUGUUCUUCCUCUAGUGCGAUAUUCACGCUGAUAGUGGAAUAAAAUGGACACUUUCUCCCAUGUUCCGCCGGGUUUCCGGUUUCAUCCUACCGACGAGGAGCUCGUUGAUUAUUACUUGAGGAAGAAGGUGGCAUCCAAGAAGAUUGACCUGGACGUCAUAAAGGACGUCGAUUUGUACAAAAUCGAGCCAUGGGAUCUCCAAGACAAGUGCAAGAUUGGCAUGGAGGAGCAGAACGACUGGUACUUCUUCAGCCACAAGGACAAGAAGUACCCGACGGGCACCCGCACCAACAGGGCGACGAGCGCCGGGUUCUGGAAGGCGACGGGGAGGGACAAGCCCAUCUACACAAACCACUGCCUUGUCGGAAUGAGGAAGACCCUCGUCUUCUACAAGGGCCGUGCGCCCAACGGUCAGAAGUCGGACUGGAUCAUGCACGAGUACCGCCUCGAGACGAACGAGAAUGGAGCCACGCCCGAGGAAGGAUGGGUGGUCUGCCGGGUGUUCAAGAAGCGAGUCGCGACGGUGCGGAGGAUGGCAGAUAUGAACUCGCCUUGCUGGUUCGACGACCAUGGCGCUGGAGGUGGGUUCAUGCCGGACCUCGACUCGCCGAGGCAGCUCGGGUACCAGCACCACCACCCCCAGAACUUGGCACCGUACCACAGCCAGCAGCAGCAGCAGUACCACUGCAAGCCGGAGCUGGAGUACCAUCACCUCCUGCCGCAGGAGGCCUUCAUGCAACAGCUUCCUCACCUGGAGAGCCCCAAGCCUACUACGGCCUACAUUGGCCACGGCAGCAGCGGCGGCAUCCUGUCGUCGACCAGCAAUCACCCCCUCGCGCAUGACGGGCCCUCCAGGUUCGCAGCGCAGCAACCGCCGAUGGACCAUGCGCUUUACACUGGUGAAUCGUCGGCCACCGACUGGAGGUACCUCGACAAGUUCGUCGCGUCUCAGCUGUUCAGCCAUGACGGUACCAAUCCCAAGGAGCAGGCCACUCACUCCAAUGCAGCAGUCCAGGUGUUUCAGGCAGAGAACAAGCAUGAAGAGGCCCUGGACUAUGCUUCGACAUCUGCCGGCCUAGGCUCGGCUCAUCUGUGGAAAUAGCAUGCACAAGCAAGCACAACUCCAUUGGACAUCCUACACAAUUUAUACAAUCCAGACCUGAUCUAGUGUACAAAUAUAGCUGGCCAUGUAUGCCAUGAUUAAUCAUGGUAUAUAUAUGCACACACACAUAUAUAUACAUAAUAAAUAUGUAACCGAAGUGGUUAUGUAGUAUCUAUAGUAGUACUAUUUGGUAUCAGGUCUCUGGACCUGAUGCUAAUAAGGUAGCCGAAAGUUGAGGCUAAGGGGCUUCAGUGACUGACUUGACCAUUUUGUGAAAAUAGUCAAGCUGUUGAUGGACGUCUAUUUUGUGCAGUCCAUCACACAAACGGCAGCUAAGGACACUGCCGAUGCACCAACAAUGUUUUACCAACUCUAUAUAUGUACCAUGUAU